UCAUCCCAACCUCAAAAUAAAAGAGAGCGUAUUUUCGUCAACUGUGAGAGAUUCGCUCCUUUCUCUAUAUAUACAUGUUAUUCUACGAACCUCUUCACGCUCACAACCCGGAUAGAAGAUGAGAGGCGUUUGGUGCUUCGUCUUUCUCAUUGUUUUGCUGCUUCCUCUCGUUGCUCGCGGCGACUGUGACUGCUCGGCUGACGAGGAAAGCCGCGAUAAGAAGAAGGCGCUGCCGCUCAAGAUCGCGGCAAUAUUUUCUAUCCUGGUCUGCGGAGGUUUUGGCGUAUGCAUUCCCAUCCUGGGCAAAUGGAUACCUGCGCUCCGUCCCGACAAGGACAUCUUCUUCGUGAUCAAGGCCUUCGCUGCCGGAGUCAUUCUCGCCACCGGAUUUAUCCAUAUCCUACCCGAUGCAUUCGAAAACCUCACGUCACCCUGUCUUCCAUCGAGCCCUUGGCAGGACUUCCCCUUCGCCGGGUUUGGCGCGAUGGUCGCCGCUGUCGGAACGCUGAUGAUCGAUACGAUUGCCACCGGAUACUUUAAUCGCCUCCACGGCAAUAAGAUGCGGACGACGGUGAGCGACGAGACAAACGCGGAUGUGGAGAAGACAUCCGAUGGCUUGGAUCACGUGCACACUCAUGCAACCCAUGGCCACGCGCAUGGCUCCACGAUGAUGGACUCGGCGGACGCUUCUGCUCAACUCAUCCGGAACCGAGUUAUCUCUCAGGUUUUGGAGCUCGGGAUCAUCGUUCAUUCGGUGAUCAUCGGGAUCUCGUUGGGUGCAUCAGAGGUACCAUCCACCAUAAGACCUCUGGUAGCUGCUCUCAGCUUUCAUCAGUUCUUCGAGGGCAUGGGCCUGGGAGGGUGUAUCGUUCAGGCAAAGUUCAAGGCAAAGUCGAUAGUGACCAUGGGGCUCUUCUUCUCUCUCACAACACCGGUUGGGAUCGCGAUAGGCAUUGGGAUAGCAUCCGUCUACGACGAGAACAGCCCCACCGCUCUGAUCGUGGAAGGAUGUCUCAACUCUGUCGCGUCUGGCAUCUUGAUCUACAUGGCACUGGUGGAUCUGCUUGCCGCAGAUUUUAUGAACCCGCGGGUGCAGAGUAAAGCGAGAUUGCAGUUUAUGAUAAAUGUAUCUCUGCUUGUUGGAGCAGGUCUGAUGUCUCUACUGGCUAAGUGGGCUUAGCAGCAAUAUUCAUUAUAGUAUAGCUUCUCUCUUUUUUUUUUUCUUUUUUUUUGCGCCAUCCCUCCCUUAUAAUUAAGAUAUAUAUUUUUUUGGGUCUCUACUUCUUUCCUUUGCUCUUGUUUUUUUGGAAAGUAGUGGCGGUGUAUCUAUUCGUGCCACCAAGCAGUGGGAAAAAAGAUGUGGUUUGGUUAGGCUUCGUACUUGUAGGAUGUGCAAGACAUUCCAUUUAAAUUUUGAGCUGCCUCUUGAAUUAAUAUUUAUUAUACUCUAA